GCGCGACGAGAUAUAAAGCAGCUGGGAAACAAUGCGCCUGUAUCGCGCUCCCGCGCGGAUCCUAGUAGCGGAGCGGACAUGGACUUCGACUCGUACCAGCACUAUUUCUACGACUAUGACUGCGGGGAGGAUUUCUACCGCUCCACGGCGCCCAGCGAGGACAUCUGGAAGAAAUUCGAGCUGGUGCCAUCGCCCCCCACGUCGCCGCCUUGGGGCUCGGGUCCCGACGCCGGGGACCCGGCCCCUGGAAUUGGUCCCCCGGAGCCGUGGCCCGGAGGGGGCGCCGGGGACGAGGCAGAAUCCCGGGGCCACUCGAAAGCUUGGGGCAGGAACUACGCCUCCAUCAUCCGCCGUGACUGCAUGUGGAGCGGCUUCUCGGCUCGGGAACGGCUAGAGAGAGCGGUGAGCGACCGACUCGCCACUGGCGCGCCCCGGGGGAACCCGCCCAAGGUGCCCUCCGCCCCGGACAGCGUUCCCAGCCUCGAAGCCGGCAGCCCGGCGCCCGCUGCCCCCUGUCCGCUGGGCGAGCCCAAGACCCAGGCCUGCUCGGGGUCCGAGAGCCCUAGCGACUCGGAGGGUGAAGAAAUUGAUGUUGUGACAGUGGAGAAGAGACAGUCCUUGGGUGUACGAAAGCCAGUCACCAUCACGGUGCGAGCAGACCCUUUGGACCCCUGCAUGAAACACUUCCACAUCUCCAUCCAUCAGCAGCAACACAACUAUGCUGCCCGUUUUCCUCCAGAAAGCUGUUCCCAAGGAGGGGCUCCAGAGAGAGGUCCCCAAGAGGCUGCAGGGAGAGAUGCUCCAGCAGAGAAGGAAGAUGAGGCCGAUGAAGAGGUUGUGAGCCCCUUGCCUAUAGAAAGCGAGACUCCCCAGUCCGGCUACCCCAAACCUGUCAGUUCUGACACUGAGGACGUGACCAAGAGGAAGAACCACAACUUCCUGGAGCGCAAAAGGCGGAAUGACCUCCGCUCAAGGUUCUUGGCCCUGAGGGACCAGGUGCCCACCCUGGCCAGCUGCUCCAAGGCCCCCAAAGUGGUGAUCCUGAGCAAGGCCUUGGAAUACUUGCAAGCCUUGGUGGGGGCCGAGAAGAGGAUGGCUACGGAGAAAAGGCAGCUCCGAUGCCGGCAGCAGCAACUGCAGAAAAGAAUUGCGUACCUCAGUGGCUACUAACUGACCAAAAAGCCUGACUGCUGUCUUAUAAAAACCCAAGUUUAUUUUUUAACCUUCCCUCUCCCCCUUAGUAAUUUGCACAUUUUGGUUACGGUGAGACAGUCUGGACAGUAGAUCCCAGAAUGCUUUGCAGCCAGUGCACACACAAUAAGGGCUUGCAUUCUUGGAAACCUGGAAACCCAGCUCUCCCUCUUCCCUGACUCACUGGAGCGCUAUAUCUUCUUUGGCGCCCUCGGCCUCUCAGGCAGGCAUCUGACUGAGGAGCCUUGGGGUCUGCCUAGCUCACUAGCUCCGAAGAAAAGCCUGACAGAUGCUAUGCAACAGGUGGUGGACGUUGUCGAGGGCUCCAGGCUGCAUGAAAUCUCACACUCCGGAUGAGCUUUAGGCUGGGAAAGGAUGCUCCCACUGGUGUCUCUGGGGGUGAUGCUAGGACAGCUGGGCCUGGAUAUUCUCCCUGAGGCUCCUUUUUCCAAGAGACACAUGAGCUGUCUUGGGUGAAGACAAGCUCGCAGACUUGAUCAACAUGGACCAUUACCUCACUGUCAGACACUUUAUAGUAGCUGAGGAUUUGGAAAACCUUUAAUAUAUAUAUUAUGAUGUUAGAUGACACCCACUCCCAUCCAAUGCUGCGAACUUGAGAACAUUUAAAGAGCUCGGCCUCUAGAUUCUCUGUCUCAAAGCCUUCUGGGCCCUUUCCUCUGAGGGAGACCAUUCUGUCCUCACAAAGGACUUUUUUGUUUCCUUCUGCCUUUGUUAUGCAAUGGGCUCUACAGCACCCCUUUCCCACAGGCCAGAUAGAUUUCCCCAACACACAGAGAAAUGGGUGCUAAUUUGAGGACUAGGGAAGGCUUGGAGUCCUGGCCGUGAACUUGUUUCCUGCCUAGGUGUAUUCCAUCUUGGCAUCUUUUCUUAAGGCAGAUGUCAGAGAUGUCAGGAGUGAGAACUGUACCACUUUCUCUUUCCCACUUCCCUGUCAUCUCAGUUCCUCACUGAUUAGUUUGAAGUUCUACCAGAACCAUGCAAACCUGUCCUUCUUGUGCAACUCCGAGGAGCUUGCUGGCUCUGUAGCCACCUUUGGGUCCCCUGCCAGCUUGACAUGAGUCAGAUCCCUUUCCCAGAAUCUGGGCCUUACUGAAGUUCUUACUGGGGGAGCUGCUGGGACUCAUCCAGUGCUCUAGAUUGUGGCCUAGCUUUCUGGUGGGUUUUUAAAGGAACUUCCAGGAGCUCUGCUUAGUUGGACCAUGACGGAUUUUGGCCCAGAUGGACUUGGCAUCUCCAAGUGGAUUCCAGGUGCAGCUUCCACUCUUGCAAAGGCACCCAACCCUACAGGUGUCUUGUGGGCAACCUCAGGAGCCCCUAAGCCUAGUUUGGAAGGAGGACCAGUCCCUCCAGAACUCUGCCCAAGAGAGCAGGUGCCUGUUGGCUAUCCAUUUGAAAGUAGGGGAGGGGAGGAUAGUAGAGUGCUAUAUGUGGCUCUGGAAAGUGAGCUGCUACUUCCAAACCUAUUAUGCACAAUGAUCUGUUUCUGGAGUUGCUUCCUGGCCUGAGAACCUCAGUAGAAGUUUGGAGAAAGCCUCUACAUUUUGGAACAUGGUUUUCGGGAGCCAACUAACUUCUGGAACUGUCUUUGGAGAAGAGGUGGGAUGUAGGUUACUGAUGUCUCACCUGAAUAGCUUGUGUUUUAUAAGCUGCUGUUGGGUAUUACGCUGGGAGCAGUUUUUUGUUUUGUUUUGUUUUUUUUUAAUACUGUAUUUUUGUAUGCCUUUUGCAAAGUGGUGUUGUUUUUGUACAAGAAAAAAACUCUUGGGCAAUUCUCCUGUUGCAAGAGUCUGAUUAUUCUGAAAGGCAGGUUUACCUGAAAUUUUGUAUUUAGUUGUGAUUAUUAAUCGACUGAUUUUAAAAUGUUGCCUUCUGGGACAUCUUCUAAUAAAAGAUUUCUCAAACAUGUCAGAGUGGGGGCAGCUUAUGCUAAGCAAGUCCCCCUGAACCAAGGAAGACUAUUUCAGGGUAGCCACAAGGGAGCCAGAGUGUUGCAUUUCUCUAACCACGUUGCUAACCUGUUCAUUCCACUUUGGGUUCCUGAAAUGCCAUUUCAGACGUGUCUAAACAAUGUAGGCUCUGCUCUUGGUGAACAGGAAAUUCUCUUGUGAAUUGCAGAGUGCUGAAUUUGACUUUAGAAGGUUGAAAUUGUGGUUCCACCACUUACUUGUUCUGUGCCUUUUAGCUUUACCUUUCCAAGUCCUAGAUUCUUUGUCUAUAAAAUGGGGAUAAAUGCUACUUCACAGGGGUAUUAAAUGAAGUAGUAGACGAUGAACCACUUUCUAAACUAUAAAGCCUUAUGUUCUUUUGGGUGGUACUUUUCUUACCUUAGUGUACUUUUCUUACUUUAGUGGUGUGAUGACCCUUUGCAGGACCUGUUUUUAAAAAUUCUCUGCGAAUGCGUGAUAUGUGAUUUUUUUUCUUUCUCCCUGGGUUAAUGAAAGAAAAUGAAGCCUCCCUUUUCCUCACAUCAUUCUCAUAAACUUGCUGCAAAUGCAAGAGGGGAGAAUUUAAUAAUAGCUCUUC